UUUCUGUUGAGGUUGCGCCAGUUCAGUUUGUAACAGCCGUUUGGUUUCAUAUCUUUCCUGCCGUUUACUGUUCGCUGGUUCCGCCAAUUUACGAACAAGACACAAUUUUGACUUAAUGAGAAGCUUUAUUUGUUUCCAGCGAUGUCAAGUUGCGCAACUAUCCACUUAAAUUUACCACAAUGGGACGGUGGCUCACGGAAAAUCCGCUUCAUUUACUUGGUGAAUCUGACAUCGUUCAGGCUGACAGAGUGUCCCGACGAGAGUCCAAUGGUUCCUCUCUAUUUAGGAGCGGAUCUCUUCUCCAACACCGACAUCCGGAUAGAGAACCAUCCCAGACACCACGCCAAGUUUGCCAAGAAAGGACUGGCAACAAAAAUAAGCUUUUCAUCGGAAUUCAGGUUCCAUGGCCUGAAGGUGCCCACUGUCAAUAACAGUCUGUGGUUCUACAGCAUUCAAGGGCUUUUUCGAGUGGCCUUUGAAAUGUACAGUAAGCAAGAACAGCUUGCAGUGCUGGAGAACCUUCAGGAUGUUUGGAAAUCACAGAUAAAUGACAGGCCUCUGAAAAUGAGUUACAGACUCAGCGUGCAGCUCGACUCUGCACUAUCCAGCCGCUUGCAUGAUACUGAGUCGAGGGAUGAAAUGUCACUUCCUCAGCACUGCCAGUUCAGCAGAGAAUCUGGGAAUGUAGAUGGCGGUGAAACAUCAGCGGAUCAUUAUUCUUCUUCUUUUCCCAAGCAGCAUUUGCAGACUGAACAAAGGCAAUCAAUUGUAUCCACAGCAAGGCAGAAAUUGCACAGCUUGGUUGACAAACUCUCCUCUGAAACUCAAAGCUACGCAGAACUUGAGACAAUCUUGCUGCUUUUGGAAAACACCGAGCGGUACAUAAAUGGGAAUCUAGAGGAAAAGGAUGUUGCAGAAACUGUGUUAGCCCUGCUGAAGGCCCGAGACUGGGGUUGUGUGUAUUCAAGUUCCCUGCUCAGCUGUAUAGGGCGUUGGCUGGGCCAGCAGUUUCAUGCAGCCAACAGCAAGAUCAGCCAGAAAGUGGAGGGCUUUAAAGUUCAUCAUAUUGAACGAAUUAGUGACUUGCCACCUGCUGAGGAACUGGCCACAGAGCUAUUCCCAGAAGCCAUGCAAACACUGCUGCUUCAUUGGAUGGGUUUGAGUGAAGAGUCCACCAUGGAGAAGAGACGCACAGAGUAUCCAAUCCUGCUCCUUAUCCUCGAGUUUGCCAACCACAACCUUAUCACUGGUGUGGCCCAUGUGCUUUAUUCCAGUCUUAUAUGUAAAUAAGAAUGGAUUCCCAUGCAGGCAUCAACAGAAAUCCUUGAAAUUGAAGUGAACUUUCAGGAUUCUAAUUCAUCUGUAUUUUUAUAUGUGAAGUUGUCUUUUCUUUCUCUGGACAGUCUAUCUUUUGUUACACAUAUAACUUUUAUAACAACUAAGGCUGAGUCAGGGGACAGUUCAUUACUGUUUGUCAGUUCCCAGUGGAGUGAUCUAAUCACGUUACGUUGCUCCUUACAGAUUUUUAACAACUGCAAGCAAAUUGUAUUUAGAAACUAAGAAAACAAGCGACACUUUGUUGAUUUUUUUCCUAAUGUAUACGUAACAAUUCAACUGUUCAUUUAAUUUACAUCAAUUUGAUCUUU